CAAUGGAGUCUCCCUUUCCAGGACUCAGCUGAUACUUUUGUAUCAACUUCUCCUCUCACUGACUAUUCUAACGCUGAAAUCUGGGCACCUGCAGAUUGCCUCUAACAUACAUCUGCUAGAAUGCCUCAGUCUAGUCAAAACACCCCUCACAAGAUACUGAAUGUUCGCUUUUCAAAUGCUGUCACAUCGAUUUUGGUGGAUACUAAUGAGCAGUUUUUGGAGACAAUUCAAAUCAAACAAGAUUCGGAGCCAAAGGAUGAGUUACCAAGGCAGCUGCAACUUCGUGUACACUUCCUGGAUUCAGCACAAAAAGACCAUAACACAAUCCCUACCUCUGUUUUACUUCUGGAAGAACUUGAAGAGCUGCACUUGGAGAAGAACCAAAUUGAAUCCAUCCCAAAAGAGAUUAGCCAUCUUCAGAAUAUUAAGGUUCUCUACCUGAAUAAUAAUAACAUCACGCAUAUAUGUGACGAGCUAGGAGAACUGCAGCAUCUCUACAGCCUGGAUCUGAGCAGCAACCCCCUCUAUUAUAAGACAUUAAACAUCAUUAGCAACGUACAUUACCUCCGGGAACUUAGACUUUACAAUAUAAACCUGGAAGAGUUUCCAUUGGAGAUAUGCAAAAAACUUCAUCACCUGCAACUCCUUGGACUGUCUAGCAACUAUUUAAAGUGCCUCCCACCAGAAAUCACUAAUCUUAUACAUCUGAAAGAAAUUUAUUUGAAAAACAAUACAUUUGAGGAUUUUCCGGUACCGAUCUGCUCCCUUACUAAUCUAGAAGUUGUUGACCUUGAAAGAAAUUCACUAACGUCAAUACCUGUUCAAAUUGGUUCCUUAACAAGACUUCAGAAACUUUUUGUAGGCUCUAAUAACAUUUUGUCCAUACCAAAGUCCCUCUGUCAUUGUACAAGGUUGUCUGUGAUUGACCUGUCUAAUAACCACAACCUCAGAAAGCUUCCUCAUAAUUUCCCUGAUCUGAAAGAUCUGAACGAGUUGUCUCUGUCACAUAAUGAAAUGAAGAUAUUUCCAUCGCCACUGUGCCAAGUGAAUUCUCUCUGCGUUCUAUACGUUAAAAAUUCAUGCCUAAAGACAUUACCACCAGCUAUUAGUGACAUGAAAUCUAUCCAGAUUCUAGAUCUAAGUCAAAACAAGCUAACAGAUUUUCCCACUGCAAUCUGUAUGCUAAAGAAUCUUCAGAUGCUGUCUCUGGAUGACAAUUUAAUAAGUAUGAUUCCAUCAGAAGUGAAGUUGCUUACCAAACUUAAUUUCCUGGGACUAAGUGGAAACAGGUUUAUUGCUUUUCCGGAGCAAAUAUGUGGGAUUGAAUCCUUGGAAAAAUUAUAUUUAGGACAAGAUCGGGGGAUCAAACUUUCCAAAUUACCAGAAAGUGUAUCUCUCCUAAAGAAUUUGAAAGAAUUGUACAUUGAAAACAAUAAUCUGCAAUUUCUGCCAUCAACCUUAAACCAAAUGCAACAUUUACAUGUUCUGGAUUGUCAUAAUAACCUUCUCAAACAACUACCAGAGACAAUCUGCCAAUUACAAGGUUUGCAGAAGCUGCUUCUUCAUAACAAUCAACUGUCUGGGGUACCAUGCAACCUGGACAUGUUGCAGACGCUCGAGGUGUUGCUUUUAGAAGAAAAUCCCUUGACUGAUCCACCCAUUGAAUUGUGCAGCCUCGGAAAAUCUGCUGUUUGGGAAUAUCUGAAGCAAAAGAGACGUAAAAAUGUGUUGGCCACAAAGAUCCAGGCAAGGUGGCGAGGACAAAUGGUACGGAAAGGACUUGGACCAUUCGCUUAUUUACGCAACAUAAAUCAAAAAGGAAAGAAAACGAAAAAGGACAAGAAAACAAAGGGGCAAGCAAAGAAACCUCAAGGGAAAGGAAAGAAGAAGUGAACGUGACAAAAUAGUUCCUUUCUAAUAGGAGUCCUGGAAUUUAAAAAAUGUCAGUCUUAAACUAGGAAAUACACCUCAACCUCAUGAAAUAGUAUAUCUAGCCUUGCAUUUGUUUCACUUACAUGUACUCAUUGAAGUAGCCUUUAAUUGCAAUAUGUACAUUUGUAUUCACUCCUAAACCUGCACAUAAUGAAUUAGAUCUUCUAAUUAUUACUAAUCAGAAAUUUGAAACAAUGUUUAAUAACUGUUUGAGUCAGAAUUGAUGAGAGGGCAAUGUUAUGACUACAAUGAAUCAGGUAGUUAUGCAAAUGUAAUAUUUAGUUUUUUUAUGUCAUUUCUUUUGCCAUAAGCACAGACAGGGAUUCCCAUGGACCCAAUGCUGAAUAUGUUGACAUUUAGUAACAGAAGAGGUUAAAUCAUCAAGAAAUGGGGGGCGGAGCUACACAGCACUCUGAGGAAGACGCACCUUCCCGCAGCUCCGAGAACUAUUUCAACAUAAUCGCCCCUAACACUGCAGAAACCAGAGACAUCAGUACGCAACUACCUCCAACAAGACAGGGAGGUGAUAGCGAAUCGGCGGAUGCCCUUCAUCUCCCCCGCAAGCGCUAAAACUGGCGCCGAGGUCU